AUGAGCGCGGGGGCUCCCAGUAUACCCAGAGCUGCCGUCAUCCCGGCUCGUCUUCUCCGGACUUCACGACACUGCUCUAACCAAUGUUCGUCGAUACGAUCUCAGAUCCAGUCGAAAUUCCAAAAUGAUCGCAGGGACUACCAUGAUAAACGACCAUUUCCAAAACCAUUGAACAACUGCAGUGCACGUCCAUUCACGAAGGCUUUCCAUGCAUCUGCGCUGUGUCAAGCUACACGCGACCCUUACAGUGUCCUCGGAGUAGGCAAAGAUGCGUCUGCUGCAGACAUUAAAAGAGCUUACUAUGGACUCGCCAAAAAAUAUCACCCCGACACGAACAAGGAUGCCAAUGCAAAAGAAAAGUUUGCGGAGGCACAGUCUGCGUACGAGCUACUUUCGGAUUCGGAAAAAAGACAAGCCUAUGACCGGUUUGGCUCGGCAGCCUUUGAUCAGAACGGCGGGUUCAAUCCCGGAGCCGGCGCUGGUGCCGGUGGUCCAUUCUCUGGAGCAACCGCAGGUGGAUUCCACGGGUUUGGCGGGGGUUUCCCUGGCGGGGGGUUCUCUGCGGAUAUAAAUUUUGAGGAUCUAUUUGGUGCUUUUACAGGAGGUGCAGGCCGGCGGGGUCGUUCGGGAGGGCCAUUCCGAUCCUCAGUAGUCGAAGGAGAUGAUAUCGAGGUACAGACGAACAUCUCUUUCAUGGAUGCUGCCAAGGGGACGACGAAGGAGAUUCAUAUCACUCCGCUUGUUCAAUGCAGAACGUGCAAUGGUGAAGGGACGAAACCGGGUAGGAAGCGGGCACAGUGCAAAACUUGCGGUGGCACAGGAUCACAGGUUCAUUUUAUUCAGGGAGGAUUCCAGAUGGCUAGUACCUGCGCCUCGUGCGGAGGCGCUGGUGUAUCGAUUCCGAGAGGUUCGGAAUGCAAUAGCUGUGGCGGCGAUGGUGUAGUCCGGGAACGCAAAACAGUGCAUGUCAACAUCCCGGGGGGUGUGGAGGAUGGCAUGCGACUGCGGGUCCCAGGUGAGGGAGACAUGCCCACAGUAGAACCUGGUGCUCGAACGCAGCGUGGCGAUUUGUAUGUCUACAUCAAAGUCGCCCCUGAUUCGCGCUUCAGCAGAGCCGGUUCCGAUGUGCUAUACACGGCACAGAUUCCUCUCACAACUGCACUACUGGGUGGUGAAGUCACGGUACCAACACUAGAUGGAGAAGUCAAGGUCAAAGUGGCCACGGGAACUGGUACUGGGGAUAAAAUCACCCUGUCAGGGAUGGGGAUGCGGAAGCUUGAAGGCCGCCGCGGCCAACAGGGUGACCUCAAGGUUGAAUUCAAAGUUGCCAUGCCGAAAUACCUGAAUGCCAAUCAGCGAACGAUCCUGGAGGUACUUGCUGACGAGAUGGGCGACAAGACUGCUCGUCGGACAAUGAACAUCCACACAAACGACAAGUCCUCUUCCCCCGACUCAUCGACAACAAACAAAGACAGUGGCAGCACAUUCAGCGGCAACUCACACAAAAACGAAGGCUUCCUCAAAUCAGCGUGGCACAAACUCAUGAAUCAGCACGGCAGCGGCAGUGGCGGCGGAAGCAAUUCCACUGAAAAAUCCAAUAAUGCUGACGACGGGAACAAAACUGACGAAUCGAAGAAAGCCUCCGGUUCAGGAUGA